CUUCUAUUGGUGAAGCAAGAAAAGAAAAAGAAGAAUAGAAAAAAAAAACAUAAUCGAAAGCUAUCCAAAAAGGGCGCUUUACACACAUACCUCGGACCAAUGGUAGGGCGCCGAGCUUACAAACCUCCUACGCAACAUUCACCUACAUCAGUCGCGCCAGCGUUCACAAUCCGUCUUCAUAUUCUGAGCAAAGACAUCAACGAUGUCUUCAAGAUCAAAAGAAACGCGUACAACAAGCAAGCGCCUAAUUCAAGAGCUCAAAGAUUAUCAAAAAGAUCCUAACGAGGCAUUAUUAUAUCUUGGGCCAGCAAGCGACAAUGAGCUUAUGGAGUGGACAGCUGUAAUGAAAGGCGUAGAGGGGACGGCCUAUGAAGGUGGACGCUGGCUUCUUCACAUUUUGAUUCCGUCGAACUAUCCGCUCUCGCCACCUACUAUCACAUUUUCUACACCAAUCUGCCACCCAAAUGUUCAUUUCAAGACGGGAGAGAUAUGCCUCGACCUUCUCAAGACGUCAUGGAGUCCUGCAUACACGAUAUCGUCAACUCUGACGGCCGUACAUCAGCUCCUUACAAGUGCAGAGCCGAAUUCUCCUCUAAACAUCGAUGUUGCCGUUCUAUUAAGAGAGCAUGAUCUUGCCGGCGCAAAUAGCUUGAUUAGAUACUACACGAGAGUUUUUAGAUAUGACGGGGAUUUAGGAGGGUAGCAGAAGCGAGCUGCCGUGGUACCGUGCCACAAAAGCUCAAGUUGCAAAACCUAAACUUCUCAUUAUGGAAUUCAAGCAUUUGGCUAUGUAAGCAGAAAAUAUUGCCGUACAUGAUUGUUAUACAUGCGCAUUAAAUUUGGCGAGAGAACGGAUCAAGCAAGUAGGUUAUAAACCGAGCAUAAUCUUUACAACCCUGUCUCUUCAUUCCAAUAUGGGUUCUUCUCUUUUG